AUGACGGGCUCAAACAACAUCAGAGGCCUCAUGGGCAAAAGCGCCCCGCCAACACCAACCUUCUUCUCCAUCGUCCGCAUCGCCGUCCUCGUCCUCUCGCUCGCCGUCCUCGCCGCGUGCGCGUACUGUUUGUCGCUGCUGGGCUCUUACUCGAGCAGCUAUACCGGCCCGCCUGGCUUCAUGCUUUUUGUUGUAAGUCGCUUUACUGACCGCACUCAACGUUAUCAGUCCCUCUUCACCCUCCUCAUCCUAGGCGGCGCCAUGAUGGUCGAGCACUUCGCAGCACACCUCUACUUCCGCAUCGCCGUCCUCAUCGGCUACGGCACGAAUUGCCUGUUUUGGCUGUCGGGCUGGGCGUGGUCUGCGAGUAUUGCGGCGUUGUUUUUGGGAGACACGUGUGUUCAGGGGACGUGUUUUGGGCCGACUACGGAGGAGAAGAGGUAUGGGGGUAGUAUGGCUGGUGCUGCUGCCGUUGGGGCAGUGAACUGGGUUCUGAUGACGAUUGUGCUGUUUUAUUACAUCAAGGGAUGUCUUUCUGACCCGGAUUGCUAUGGUGUCUCGACGGGCCAUGGGUCGGAGAUGGGGAGUGUGAAGGCUGAGAGCAAGACGCGGUCUCGGCCUUCUGUCAACGAGCAGUGA